AGUUGUCCUUAUCGAAGCGACUAAUCCUGUUAUCAGCUUGGUUAUAAAUAUUUCCUGUCCCCUGAUCCUUCAGGCAUGGGGCCCCAUCAGAUUCAAGACUGUUCAGAAUCCCCAUCAGCAGCCUCGCCCCUCCCUGCGAGAAAUCGAUGAGACGAAGGGACAAGCCGAAGCGAUGGCGGCCUAUCCGGAGAGCUGCGUGGACGCCACCGUGCUGGACUUCGUCGCAGACCUGUCCCUGGCCUCCCCGAGACACUCUUUCCUCUGCGACUUCGCUCCCGGAGUCCCCUUUGGGAACCGAGCCCUUGCGCUCCGAGAAGGAACGCCCAGGAGGAUGGCGCGGUUUGGGGAGGAGGGCCCAGAAGAGGAGGGCUACGUAGACGAAGGGGACGAGGAAGAGGAGGAGGAAGAGGAGCGCGGAAGAGGCGCCUCUCUCCUGGGCCGCCCCAAGAGAAAAAGGGUGAUCACCUACGCCCAGCGCCAGGCGGCCAACAUCCGCGAGAGGAAGCGGAUGUUCAACCUCAACGAGGCCUUCGACCAGCUGCGGAGGAAGGUGCCCACUUUUGCUUACGAGAAGAGGUUGUCCCGGAUCGAGACCCUACGCCUAGCCAUCGUCUACAUCUCCUUCAUGACUGAGCUCCUGGAGAGCUGUGAAAAGAAGGAAACCGGCUGAGCCAACAGGGUGGGGAGAGGGAUGCCUGCCCCCUCCCCGCCUGGGCGCGCCCGAGCUGGAGCGUUUUAGGAGCGGACAGUGGGUGAGGCUGAAA